AGUUACAUUUGUAAGCGAUUAAACACCGACGUGUGUUUGGAGGAAAAGUAUCGUCAGAAAAUGUACACUAUUCCAGUACAAUAAUGUACCUUCAAAUCAUAUGUCGAUGAAUUUGAAUAAUUUACCGACGUGAGAACCAAGAGUUGGUAAUUUUCCUAUUCACCUGCCGUCGAUCCAACAACCUUGCUCUCCAAUUUGUCUCACGUCGAUAAAUUUUAUGAAUUUAACGACAUGAUUUGAAGUUACGUCAGUGCAUUGACUACUGAGGCCACUUAUACCGACGGGUGUUUAUCAAUGUGUAUAACGUGGUGGGAAGCUUGUUUACUCCAACGUAAACCCUCUACUUACCAAUGUGUUGUGUGUGAAUUUGUGCUUUCUAGUAGUGAUUGUAUUAUAGGACCAACAAUUUUUUAUUUUUAAUAUUUUUAUUUUUACAAACAAGAAAAAAUAAUUUAUUUGUAAAAGAGUUGAUAAUUUUAGCUAUUAAUUUUCAUCAUUAACAUUGUAAGCCAUACCAGUGAGAGCAGUACUGCCAAAAAUUAUUUGAAUUUUCAUAAUUGAUUUUUGCAGUAGGAAUUUAUCAACGUUGCUUUGGCAGCUUAUAUACUACAGGUACAAGACUUCCCUUUUUUUCUUUUUUCUUUUUUUUCUUUCUUCUUCUUCUUUCUCCUCAUUAUUCCCUCCCACUUCUCCGGUUUGCCCAAUCAUUUUACUCUCAUUAGCUUUUCAAUUUUCACUAGUUUUUAUAAUUAAUAUAUCAUUUAUUUAUUAAAAAUAGUAGUUAUAACUCUUUAACUGUUUUCCAUUAUGAUUUUUCUUAAUUUUAAUAUAGCUACGCCGGCUUUUGGAUUAUUUUUUAUGUUGUUUUGCAGGUUUGUUUCUGGUUUUAGAUUAGUUUUCAUUAUCAUUUGCUAUUUUUGGUAGAAAAUAUAAUAAAUUUUGAUAUGUUCAUAAAUUAACUCAUUUAAAUUUACAUUUUUGUCGGUGGAUACCCUAAAAAUAUUGUAAUAUGAGGUUUGAAAUUUUUUUUGCUGGUGGACUUUUAUUUUCUAUUUCUCCCCUUGCCAUUUACUAACAAAUGCAUAACUAUUUUGUAGGUUAAAAAACAUCAAAUGAAUUAUUCUGUAAGGUAUGAUGAAUUUCAGUAUAUACUUGCCGAAUUUUAGUAUUUUUUAAAUUUUUUAGUUGAAAUCGUUGUAUUCUUUGAAGGGAAAACAAUUGGUAGAUAAAGAUUUUUUACGUUUUAAAACUGUUUUUAUUAAUUUGUUGAGUUGUUCUAUGUUAUUGUCAAAUCUGUUAGAAUUGUUGAGUUGAGUAUAUUGUAAGAUUAAAUGAGAUUUAUAUUGUGGUGGGAGAAUAUUUUAACUUUAUUUUAUUUUCAUGAAGAUUUAUGUCUAUUUGUGUCAGUGAUAUUUGGUGACAAUUUAACUUCUUUUCUUUCAUUAAUUAAAUAUUUUUUAUCUAUUCUACAUUGCUGACAAUUAAAACAAGGUAAAUCAUGUCACUAAUUUAUAUUAAAAUAAUGUCAUAAAAUUGUUCAUUAGUAUGUGGAUGUAACACACACGUUGUUGUUCAGGAUGAAAAGGUAACACACAUCGGUGAUUUAUGGGAACAAUGAUUACCUUCGCUGUACAAAAUAUUUUAUACAACGAUGCUUCCCACAUUGGUGAAGGUUUAUUUAUCGACGUAUGAUUAAAGGCAUUUAAUGUAA